UCUCGGGGGCGUGGGGCGACUGACUAUAAGGAGAGCGGCCACUGGUCACCUCAGCCUUUCUUCUCCGCUCACCUCCUUGACUGCAGGAUGAAACUCCUCGUGCUGGCUGCUCUGCUCGCAGUGGGAGCUGCCGACAGCGGCAUCAGCCCGAGAGCCGUGUGGCAGUUCCGCAAAAUGAUCAAGUGCGCGAUCCCCGGCAGUGACCCCUUGUUGGAUUACAACAACUACGGCUGCUACUGUGGCUUGGGCGGCUCCGGCACCCCUGUGGACGAACUGGACAAGUGCUGCCAGACACACGACAACUGCUACGACCAGGCCAAGAAGCUGGACAGCUGUAAAUUCAUCCUGGAUAACCCCUACACCAAGAGUUACUCAUACACAUGCUCCGGCUCUGAGAUCACCUGCAGCAGCAAAAACAAAGACUGCCAGGCCUUCAUCUGCAACUGUGACCGCAAUGCUGCCAUCUGCUUUUCAAAGGCUCCCUACAACAAGGAGCACAAGAACCUGGACACCAAGAAGUAUUGUUAGGAUUGAGACUCACCCUUUAAAAGCAUCACCCUUUGCCCGCCUCCUUGCCUUUGCCUUACAUGCUGCUCUCCAAUAAAGCACCUUGUUGAAAGACCUCA